AUGACUGCUAUACUUCAUCAACCUAAUCUUACUGAAGGUCUUACUUUACUCGGAUGGAGAUUAAAACGUGAUGCUGAAAUUCGAGAACGUAAAGAUGAAUCAAAUUUUGAAUGUGAAGUUGAACCAACAUCAACAUCAUAUGCUGCAUUUGAAUAUAUGUCAACAACAGACGAUGGUUAUGAUCCAUAUGCUGGUCUUAAUAUUGAUCUUUGUCUUGAAGUUGAUGCUAUUGAUUUAAAUAAUACAAAUCAACAAAUAAAUGAUGAUUAUGAUCCUUAUGAAGUAUUUAUGAGAAUGAAUACACGUCGAACGGUAACUGGACGUGAACGUGCUCCACUUGCAUUAUUACCAUCACAUACAACAACGACUUCUCCUCUAGUCAAUAAUUAUCGUCAUUAUAAUUUUGCUGAUGAUGAUACACCUGUUAAAUAUCCAUUAGCUAUUGGACAUAUUGAUCGACGUUUAAAACAACAAAAUAUUCGUGGUGGUUAUACACCUCGUACAUCAUUUGAUGAUGAACGUCGAUCACGUGAAUAUCCUCCAAGUGCAUCAUCAAAACGUGUUACAUUUCGUCAUUCAAAUGAUUUUAAUUCAGGUGAUGAUUUUGAUGAAGAAGAAGAAGAUGAUGAUAGUUUAGAAGGUGAUCUUCAUCAACCAAUUGUACGUCGUAAUAAACCACCAAAACGUACAGCUGCACGAUUAGCUGUACAACGUUUUCGAUCAAAUAAUAUACGUUCAUCAAUUGCUGAGGAUGAUCUUGAUGAUGAUAUUGCACCAACAGUUACUGAAAUGGAUAUGUUAGAAGAUCAAGAACUUGAUGAAGAUGAAACAAAUAUUCAAACAACAAGCACUAAAACAAUGUCAUCACCAGUUAAAUUACCACCACCAUCAUUACCACCUAGUAAACCAACUGGUGGAACAAUUAAAUCAUCUUAUAUUGGUAAUAUGUUACCAAGUUUUUAUGAACAAUUACCAGAAUCAAAAAAAAUGCUUUUACAAGAUGCAACUAUUGAUUCAUCAUCAAAUAGUCCAACAACUCAAACAACAACAACAACAACAACAACAGAUGCAUCAUCAAAAAGUCAAAUUGAAGUUACAUCCCCUGGAAAAAAACAAGUUGGUUUAACAACUGAACAUAUUGAAGGUCCUGGUGGUGAAGAAAUAAUUGAUGAAGAAAAUCGUUUACAAUUUCGUAAUACAACAAUAGCUCAACCAUAUAAACGAACAACUGGUUAUCAAAAUACAAAACGAUAUUAUGAAAAUGAUGAUGAUGAUGAUCAACAACAAAUGAGAAAACGUAUGCGUAAUGAUGAUGAUUAUAUGUCCGCUGGUAUGAAUCGUCAUUCACAAUAUGGAAAACAACAUCGUUAUAGAAAAUAUGAAGAGGAUGAAGAAUAUGAUAUUAAUCAAGAUACACAACAACAACAACAACAACAACAAGAAGAAGAAUUUCAACAAACAAUACGAGUACCGGCACGACGAGGUCGUCCACCAUCACAACAUCAUCAACAACAACAACAACAGCAACAACAAGAAGAUCCAUCGAAAAAAUAUGCUCGUAUUAUAGCACAAUAUGAAGAACAACAUGGUUUAAAAUUAGGUGAUAUGCGUGUAUUUGCACCUAAACUUCGUUUACGUAUAUCAAGUGUUAAUGUUAAUUGGAUUAAUUUACCACCAAUACCAAAAUUACCAAAUAAAGUUCAUCAAUCUUAA